AUGGGCGCAUUAUCGCAGGCCGACGAGGCCCAAUUGAAGGCCCAGCUCGAGGACGCCGUCGUCAGCUGCACAGAACGCUGUCUCUACCACUCGGCCAAAUGGGCUGCAGAGCUGCUCGAUUCCCUGCCCUCGGCCCGCGACGAUGGCUCAGACACGGAUGUCGACUCGCCCAUGUCCGACGCCCAUCCACCACGCACUCCAAACCCAGUGCCCAAGGACCCGACCGAAGCCCGCCUCGAGGCCCGUGAGGCGCACAAGUUUCUGCUCGCAAAGACCUACUUCGACUGCCGAGAGUACGAUCGAUGUGCCGCCGUCUUCCUCCCCGGGCCCCUACCCAAGGCUGCAUCCCAGGCACCCGAGACGCCCACGUCCAAGUCGAAACAGGCAGCCAAGGCCAAGGCGACCAUGUUUACACCGACAAAGGGAAAGCUGUCCAACGACACGGUCAAGGGCAUCAGCCAAAAGUCGCUCUUCUUGGCCCUGUAUGCCAAGUUCAUUGCCGGUGAGAAGCGGAUGAACGAGGACAGCGAGAUGAUACUGGGUCCACAAGAUGGAGGUGUCACGCUAAACAAAGAGCUGCCCAUGGUCUCGACGGUGCUCGAGGAGUGGUUCAGGGACCUUCCUAACAGCGGGCGACAGCCCCAGGGUUGGCUGGAAUACCUCUACGGCAUGGUACUGGCCAAAGGGAAGAACGAGCAGCUCGCCAUUGACUAUCUCGUCAAGAGCGUACACCAAUACACGUACAACUGGGGUGCGUGGCAAGAGCUGCAGGCCCUACUCAGCACCAUGGAAGAUCUUAACCGCAUUGUUGCGCGUCUGCCGCAGAAUCUCAUGACUUUCAUCUUUCACGUCACAUCCUCGCAGGAGCUGUACGUUGUGAGCGAGCAAAUACACUCGUCACUAACGCAGAUCCUCUCCAUUUUCCCCACCUCGGCAUUCCUAAAGACGCAGCGCGCUUUGCUGCACUACCACAACAAGGACUUUGACGAUGCCGAACAGAUUUUCUCGGACCUUCUCAUAUCCGAUCCGCAUCGCGUGGACCAUCUAGACAAUUAUUCCAACAUCUUAUACGUCAUGGGGAUGCGGCCCAAGCUCGCAUUCCUAGCCCAGCUUGCUACGGCUACCGACAAGUUCCGUCCCGAGACAUGUUGCGUAGUGGGCAACUACUACUCGCUCAAAUCGGAGCACGAAAAGGCCGUCAUGUACUUCCGAAGAGCCUUGACGCUCGAUCGCACAUUCUUGUCUGCAUGGACGCUAAUGGGCCAUGAAUUCGUUGAAAUGAAGAACACGCAUGCGGCUAUCGAAUCAUACCGGCGGGCUGUUGACGUCAACCGGAAAGACUAUCGUGCAUGGUAUGGCCUCGGACAGACGUAUGAGGUACUGGAAAUGCAUUCAUAUGCACUCUUCUAUCAUCAACGUGCUGCUGCUCUACGACCGUACGAUCCAAAGCUUUGGAUGGCCGUCGGACAAUGUUUCGGCAAGGUCGGCAAAGUCAUGAAUGGGAUUCGCUCUUACAAGCGUGCACUAGUCGCUGGUUCAUACUAUGACGGCGGUGUUGGUGCAUCAUUUGGCAGUGGCGAAGUUUCGGGACUUGGAGGAGGCGUCUUGGACCCGGAAGUGCUCUACCAAAUUGCUUUACUGUAUGAGCGCAUAAACAACAUGAAUGAGUGCGCAGCUUACAUGGAGCUGGUACUCGCACAAGAAGAAGGGCCCGAAUACGAAGAGGCUGGGGCUGAAGGUGCUGGCGGCGUUGGUGUGACUGCUACAACAAGCAAGGCUAGAUUGUGGCUUGCACGCUGGGAGUACAUGCGUGGCAUGUACCAGCGGGCAAUGGAACUUGCAAACGAGUUGUGUCAAGACGGCGUCGAAGUCGAGGACGCAAAGGCACUCGUUCGUGAUAUCCGGGCACGUAUGGAACGAGCCGGCGGAGACGAAGCGGAUGGAUAACCUUCUAUACUUUGGGCAUAAAUGAGCAUUUGCAGGCGUACAGGCAUGAUACCCAAGCAAUC